CAGGCCACGCCCCCCGGCUGGGCCCCCCUCAGGAACGGCCCCACAAAAACCCGCCCUGACCCUACAAAAACCUGCCUUGACCUUACAAAAACCUACCCUGACCCUACAAAAACCUGCCCUGACCCUACAGAAACCUGCCCCGGGCGCACAGAAACCCGGCCCGGGCGUAGAGAAAGCAGCAUGGUGUUCUACUUCACCUCGGGCGCUGAUCCAUCUGUUUACACCAUUUACAUGGGCAAGGACAAGUACGAGAACGAGGAUCUCAUCAAGUACGGAUGGCCAGAGGACAUCUGGUUCCACGUGGAUAAACUCUCCUCUGCCCACGUGUACCUGCGGCUGCACAAGGGCCAGACAGUGGAUGACAUUCCCAAGGAGGUGCUGAUAGACUGUGCCCACCUGGUGAAGGCCAACAGCAUCCAAGGGUGCAAGAUGAACAACGUGACCGUGGUUUACACGCCCUGGACCAACCUGAAGAAGACGGCGGACAUGGACGUGGGGCAGAUCGGCUUCCACCGGCAGAAGGACGUGAAGAUGCUGACAGUGGAGAAGAAGGUGAACGAGAUCCUGAACCGGCUGGAGAAGACGAAGGUGGAGCGGUUCCCAGACCUGGCAGCCGAGAAGGAGGCCCGGGACAGGGAGGAGAGGAACGAGAAGAAGGCCCAGAUCCAGGAGAUGAAGAGGAGGGAGAAGGAGGAGAUGAAGAAGAAGAAGGAGCUGGAGGAGCUGAGGAGCUACUCCUCCCUGAUGAAGGCUGAGAACAUGUCCUCCAACCAGGACGGCAACGACUCCGAUGACUUCAUGUGAGCGGGGCCGCCCCGAUGCUGAAAUGCCAAAAAUCCACCCCAAACCCACGGACUGGGAGCCCAUUCCCGGCCUGCUCCGGGCCAGGCCACCCUCUGGAAGGAGCAGCCGGAUCCCUGGGAUGGCUUCCAGCCCCGUGCUUCUCCCAAGGACAAUGGUAUUUAUUUUUGGGGAUGGGAUUUGAGGCCCAGCAAACAAAGCUGGGCCGUGGCCUCAGAACCAUCCCCCUCCCUGGUGCUGCUGCCUCUGGAAUUCUGCUCCUUCCCACUGGGAAUCGCCUGGAAUUCUGCUCCUUCCCACUGGGAACACCGAGAAGGAAAUCGGGAUGAGCUCGGGGGUGGCUCCCAGUUAAACCUGGAGCAGCGAGCGGUGAAAUCCAGCUCCGAUUCCCGCCCCCAACCCCCUGGAAUUCCACGAGAUUCCCGCCUGGAAAGCUCCUCUGCAUGGAAGGGUUGGGUUUUCCAUGGGAUUCACCGGGUGGAUCCUCCCACCUGGGCAUUCCCUGGGGUUUUGGGGUGGUUGGGGGGGGUGGAAUCCAUGGAUAAUCCUGGUGUAAAUAUCCCCAUUAAACUCGUGCCAUGCAGGCAA